AUGCUACUGCAGCAUCUUCUCCCCCUGUGGAGUUCUACCAGGUUUGUAUUUAGCAGAGUCUUUUUCAAAGAAGAAAAAGCUUUUGUCAGCCCCAGCACGAACUACUUCCUGAUUAUUGCGCACCCCGACGAUGAAAGCAUGUUUUUUGGGCCUCUAAUCAGCAAAAUAGAUUCUUGCGGGGGAACACUCACAAUUGUUGUUUGCACAGAUGGGGGACUUGGCAGUGAUCCCUGCGUGAGGAGGCAGGAAAUGAAGAGGCUGUGCGAAGACUACAAUAUAAAAGUCUUCUUUUUGGAGAAACCAGACGGCUUUUUGAGCGCGCACAAAGAAGUCCUGCACAGUCUUGAGGUGAUAUACAGCAGCACGAGAAGCACGAGCAUCCUCACAUUCGACGAGCACGGAGUAAGCGGGCAUCCGGACCACAUAUUCUGCUACUCGCUUGGGAGGUCCCUCGCAAAAAGGGUCGGGCUUCCCUGCAUCCACGCCCUUCUCUCCGUCUCUGUGCUGGACAAGUACUUCAGUCCCGUUCUGCCCCCAGGGAGUUGGAGGAGAUCUCCGGAGAGUGCGGUCGUUUUCAGCACUUUCCGGGAGUCUCUUGCGAACAGAGCGAGGAUGUUCUACCAUAGGAGCCAGCUGAAGUGGUACCGGCUCCUGUACAUCGUCUUCUCCUGCUACAUGGACUGCAUCAUUCUGAAGCGUAUUCCCACCCAGUGA